AUGGAAGAAUUAGAUCUCGUUGAAAUGUCUGUUGUUUCGGUUGAAACAGUCAUUCCGUUGCGUUAUAGCGACGAUAAAAAUAUUAUCACGUGUGGCCGUGACAAUGUAUUGCAACAAGUGGAUUUCGUGUCUGAACAGCUGGCGCAGGACGUCAAAGACAGCAUCGAUCAAACAGAGCUGGUGAUAAACGAGAUCUAUGCGUUAAAACGGCGUAACAAACCAUGGGUUCGGGCUAUGGUGAAGUUCAUUCGUAAAAUCGAUGGUGUGCCCGUACUUCAACUUCUGGAUGUGAAAGGGCUGGUAGAUUUCGAUACGACAAACAUGAAUGCUCGGAAGAUUGCAAGCCACAUCAAUAAACUGAUUUUUAGAAAGCGCGCCGAUUGUUUGGCUGAAAAAAAUGGUGGUACCGCAUUGACAUCCAAAGUGCAAGGGGGCGAAGAUCCGAUUGAAAUUUUGAUUUGUGGAAGAUUCAAUAUAUACGAGAUAUUGGGAGAAGGCUCUUACGGCGUAGUUGCACGUGGCCGCGAUACAAUCAGUGGUAUGGUCAUCGCAAUGAAAAUAUUCAAGACCACUUUGUUUGGAUUCGAAGAAAAACGCAAAGAGAAUCUGGAGGAGGCCGAAAUCAUUAGAAAACUUGAUCACGGCAACGUGAUUAAGUUGAUUGAUGUGAUCGAUGACGAAAUGGGAGUGUUUUUGAUAUUUCCACUGAUGAAUGGUACAUUGCACGACACAAUUUAUGCAAAGGAUUUCAAAUGCACUUCUAAACGAGUCAAAGAAGUGGCAACUAUGAUUUUGAAUGGCCUGGUUCAUAUGAAUCAGAAGAAGAUAAUGCACCGAGACCUCAAACCUUCAAAUAUUUUGGUCGAUGAACAUGAUAACCUGAAAAUAUCUGACUUUGGAUUAGCAACAAACUACAGAGAAAAACAGUUUUUCAUGGAUGUUUGUGGAACAUACGCAUACAUGGCUCCAGAAAUGUUACUGCGAUUUGGUUAUCAAAGCAUUGUUGAUGUAUGGUCACUUGGCUGCAUAUUGGCAGAGUUUCGCCUUAAAGAUCAAUUGAUUCAGCCUGCUAAAGAUGAAAAAAAGCAAAUUCGAAACAUACUCGAAGUCCUCGGUACUCCAGAAGUUAACGAAUGGUAA